UUGGGUAUGUUUGUGCACCAGUGAUUUGAUUUAAAUAACAUUACUUAUUUCUCGAGACAUAAGUCAAUGUUACAUUAUAUUACUUAGUCUUGUUAGCGGUAUCGAUAAGCUUGGACCUUAUUGAUAUUCGGGUUUUGAGAAAUUUGGAACUGGGUCCUUACAGAACCGGUUCUCGAUACCCAUCUCUAUUUAUACAAUAUUGUAUAGCCUAUUCUACAAUGUUGCUCCAAUUGCUAUUUUACUGCGUGGUGCUAUUGAUAUAGUGUUAUUGUGCUGUAUAGUGCUACUGCUGGUGAUACUGUUGCAAAAAUGUUAUGUAAUAUAGAUGUUACUGUUACACUGUGUGUUAUUUUUAGUUGAGCGUGUCUGGUAGUUGAGAUUUCUUCGUCCCCCCGGAACGAAGAAAUCUUGUGCCGCCCCCUACCAGUACUGGUUUUGGCCAGUAAAGGACGCCAAACACACAAAUUGCGGAAAAAGCCGCCCCUCUCGAAAAUGACGCUUCUAACUUCGUGCCUAAAACCGCCCCUGGAUGUGGUUAGGCGAUACAGACCGAAAUAGGCUACUGUAGAAAUAACGCGUCUGGUGCAAUGGGUUGUUGUUUGUUGAUGUCUUUUUUUUAAACUUUAUUUAACAGCGCACCGAAGCGGCAAACACCCAAACGCACUUAUCAUCAAAAGACCUUUCAGAGCUUAAUAUGUCUAUGUUUGGUCUAAACUCUGACGGGUUUAAUUUCAAUAGAUUCAUAGGUUUUCCUUAUUGGUCUAUUUAGAACAUGUCCAUUUUGAACGACAUAUAGGCCUACCUUUAGACUCUAAAGGUACAUGUUCAAAAUAUCACAAACUACUUUGCCAGUUUGAAACAAGGUCAGAUGAAGUAACGCGCUCCAGUAGCCUUGCCCUUUAAUGGAUUACGUCACCUAAUUCAACUGGUGCCCCUACCUCAUUGCUUUAAGAAACGCUCCUCCCGGUUUUGUUGGAGCGGAGUGGGACGGCUGGUACGCGGAACCAGGGAACAGAGGACAAUACGAAAAUGGAUUUUUUAAUUGGGAAUCCGUUUUCUACGGCAGUGGGACAGCGAAUAGAGCGUGCAACCUGCCCCAGCCUGCAGUCAGAGGACUGGGCCCUCAACAUGGAGAUCUGUGACAUCAUCAACGAAACUGAGGACGGACCUAAAGAUGCUGUCAGAGCCCUGAAGAAGAGGAUUGUGGGAAACAAGAACUUCAGAGAGGUCAUGCUGACCCUGACCGUUCUGGAGGCGUGUGUGAAGAACUGUGGCCCCAAGCUGCAUGUACUGGUGUCCAACAGGGAGUUUGUAGAGGGGGUUCUGGUCCGCUGCAUCCUGCCCAAGAACAACCCCCCCCAGGUGCUGCAGGACAGAGUCCUGAGCAUCAUCCAGGCGUGGGCGGAUGCGUUCCGCAGCUCCCCGGCUCUGACGGGCGUGGUCUCUGUCUACGAGGACCUGAGGAGGCGGGGCCUGGAGUUCCCCAUGACAGAGCUGCAUGGAUACUCCCCCAUCCUCCCCCCUGACAGGAGUGUAUCUGCCUCUGCUGCUCCCCCCUCCCCCAAGCCUCCCCCUCCCUCCCCACUGUGCCCCGCACACCAGCCCAACCCGGAUGGACCAGUUUCCUUAAGCCCCUACCAGGUGAGGAAGCUGAGGGCGGACCUGGUGGUUGUCCGGGGCAACCUGGCAAUGAUGUCAGACAUACUGAGUCAUCUGGAACCGGGGUCAGCCAAUCACAAGGACUCAGAGCUUCUGCAGCAGCUGUACGGGGUGUGUAAGGACGUGCAGGAUCGGAUUGUGGAACUUGUCCCCAGUCUCAGCGAGGAGCAUCUGAUAAAGGAGCUGCUGGUUGCCAAUGACGACAUCAACACCACCUUCACACGCUACCACAGGUUUGAGCAGCAAUACAGUCAGAAUACAACACAGCAGAGCCCCACCUACGUCAACCUCAUUGACCUCCAAUCUGAUGUCAAGCCCUUCAACCAAUCAGAGUGUGCUGCUUCUCCCACCUACAGCCAUCUUAACCAAUACACUGUUGACAGUGUAUCCAGUCAGAUGACAAGACUUACAACACAAGCUGAUGACUCACUUCUACAGAAGAGGAGCCCCUCCCCCACUCAGAGUGGGCUAAAAGCAGGAGCUGCAGAUCUGGAUCACAACACCUGCAAACCAGAACAGAUCCUUGUCAGUCAGACUUCAGUAAUGGACGACAUUGAGAAGUGGCUGGACGUGGAUGAGGAAGAGGACCUUUCAGAGGAGGGAGUGACCAGCGAGGAGUUUGACAGAUUCCUGGCAGAGAGGGCACAAGCUGCAGAGAGGCUCCCAUCCCUGAAGACUUCCUCUAACACCAAACAAUCACAGCCAUAGGCCACACCACUUCCUGUCUCUUGACCAAUGGGUUUCUCCCUGGUGGGAGGGCCAGGGACCUGACUGGCUGGCUGGAUAAUUGACACACGCAGCCAGCCAAUGACAGGUGUGUUGUGACAGAUGCCUGCCUGCCUCAGGUGGGUGAGGUGUUACUAUGUCUGUUCUUAUAGAAAUGCUCAGUUAUGUUGGACCAAAAGUUCAGCUGAGCUGGAAGAGAUGCAUGUACAGUUUGUAUUCUAAGCUUUCUGUUGAUGAAAGACUGUUUCUGUAUGUGUGUGCGUGUGUGUAUGCUGAUAUUUGCACAUUUAUAUGUAUUUUAAUCCUUACUACUGAAUAUGUUAAAUGUUAACAUGGUGUGGGUUAACCUGUGAAGUACUUGAGGAAGUGGAUGGUUUUGUUACACUUGAGAUGCUGUGAAGUCAAGGAAUGGAUGAUGAGUCAUGUGAUGCUUGUCAUGUGACACUAUCACAGUGGUGGUUGAUAAUGCCAAAACACAACUAGGAGAACAUGCUGUCUGUAAGGGUUUUGAAGUUAACAUGUUACACAGUGUCCUAAUGAAUUACUAUCAUUAAACCGGCUAAUGUCACA